CUUGCUAGCCGGCGCCUUCGUUGUCAGAGAAGGGAGGCAAAUCCCCUUGGAGUUGCCAGUAACGGACGUGGCUGCGGCCCCUGGAGGAGGGGACGUGAAGUGAGGAGGGGGCAGGGAGGGGAGAGGACCCGGGCGAGGAAGACUGGUCCCUGGGCCCCGAUGCUGUGCCUGUGACAGAGUCCCUGGGGUUUGUACAUGUUGGGGAGGAGCCUUCCUUUCGGGGGUGACCACCUUCCUCUGGGCAUGCCUGCAGUACUCUGGGCCCAUGGACCUGAAGGAGAAGCAUACGGGCGAGCCACCCUUGGCCCUGGGCCUGUCCACCCGGAAGGCCCUCAGCAUCCUGAAGGAGCAGCUGGAGGCCGUGCUAGAAGGACACCUGAAAGAGCGGAAGCAAUGUCUCACGUGGAAGGAGACAUGGAGAAGCAGCUUCCUGCACCACAGUAACCGCUGCUCCUGCUUCCACUGGCCGGGCGCCUCGCUCAUGCUCCUGGCUGUGCUGCUGCUGCUGGGCUGUCACGGGAGCCAGCCGGCCGGCAGCCACGGCGUGGAGCUGGUGAACACCUCUGCGCUGUUCCUCUUGCUGCUCCUCAACCUCGUCCUCAUUGGGCGGCAAGAUCGGCUGAAGCGUCAGGAGGUAGAACGGAGACUCCGAGGGAUCAUUGACCAAAUCCAAGAUGCCCUCAGGGAUGGCAAGGAGAUCAAGUGGCCAGAUGCCAUGUACCCAGACCUCCACAUGCCCUUUGCACCAUCCUGGUCCCUGCACUGGGCCUACAGAGAUGGACAUCUGGUCAACCUGCCAGUUAGCCUGUUGGUAGAAGGAGACAUCAUAGCUCUGAGGCCCGGCCAAGAAUCGUUUGCUUCUCUGAGGGGGAUCAAGGAUGAUGAGCACAUCGUUUUGGAGCCAGGAGACCUGUUUCCCCCUUUCUCUCCGCCCCCCUCCCCCCGGGGAGAAGUGAAGAAAGGGCCACAGAACCCCCAGCAGCACCGGCUCUUCCGUGUCCUGGAGACCCCCGUGAUUGACAACAUCAGAUGGUGCCUGGACAUGGCGCUGUCCCGCCCAGUCACCGCCCUGGACAACGAGAGGUUCACUGUGCAGUCAGUGAUGCUGCGCUACGCUGUGCCCGUGGUACUGGCCAGCUUCCUCAUCACCAAUGCCCUGCGCUUCCUGCUGAAUGCGCCUGGUGUCACGACCUGGCAGUACACCCUCCUCCAGCUGCAGCAGCUCUUUGGGGGCUCUUCGCUCUUCCCAGGUGAAUGGCGUCCUGCCCAUCCUGCCCCUGCUCUUCCCAGUCCUCUGGGUUCUGGCAACUGCCUGUGGAGAAGCCCGCGUCCUGGCCCAGAUGAGCAAAGCCUCCCCCAGCUCCCUGCUGGCCAAGUUCUCGGAGGACACUCUCAGCAGCUAUACGGAAGCCGUCUCCUCUCAGGGACCAUCUCCAGGGAAAUAUGGCCGAGCCCCAGAUGGCCUUGCGGGCUUUGUCUCUGCCACCAGGAAAUGCUGCGUUGCAUUUGGGGCCACUUCCUGCGGGUGAUCCAGGGAACAUCACCAACGCUGAGCCACAGCUCCAGCCUCCUGCACAGCUUGGGCUCUGUCACGGUCCUGUGCUGUGUGGACAAACAGGGGAUCCUGUCUUGGCCAAACCCCAGCCCAGAGACGGUGCUGUUCUUCAGUGGGAAGGUGGAGCCCCCGCACAGCAGCCACGAGGACCUAACAGAUGACCUGUCCACCCGCUCCUUCUGCCAUCCUGAGGUGGAGGAGGAGCCCCACGAACGAGAUGCCCUCCUGGCCGGCUCCCUGAACACUGCCCUGCACCUUUCCAAUGAGCAGGAGCGUGGCGACUGGCCAGGUGACGGUCCCAAGGUCCCUGAACCCUACUCUCACCACAAAGCACACGGCCGCAGCAAGCACUUGUCUGGCUCCAAUGUGAGCUUCAGCAAAGACACAGAGGGCGGUGAAGAAGACCCCGGCAAGGUAGCGCCUGUGUUGUUGGGCAUAGAUUCUAGAAGCAGCCAGGAGCCAGGAAGGACGGGGAGAGGGUUUCAGGAGGAACGGGAGAGCGUGAGUACCCUGCGCGGGCUGGAGGGCGAGCCCUACGAAGCUGAGGACUUUGUGUGUGACUACCACCUGGAGAUGCUGAGCCUGUCCCAGGACCAGCAGAACCCCUCCUGCAUCCAGUUCGAUGACUCCAACUGGCAGCUCCACCUCACCUCCCUCAAGCCCCUGGGCCUCAACGUGCUGCUCAACCUGUGCAGCGCUGGCGUCACUGAGCGGCUCUGCCGGUUCUCAGACCACCUGUGCAACAUCGCCCUGCAGGAGAGCCACAGCGCGGUGCUGCCCGUGCACGUGCCCUGGGGCCUCUGCGAGCUUGCCCGUCUCAUCGGCUUCACUCCUGGGGCCAAGGAUCUCUUCAAGCAGGGGAACCACCUUGCCCUCUACCGCCUCCCCAGUGCCGAGACCAUGAAGGAGACCUCGCUGGGGAGGCUCUCCUGUGUCACUAAGCGGCGCCCCCCACUCAGCCACAUGAUCAGCCUCUUCAUCAAGGACACCACCACCAGCACAGAACAGAUGCUGUCCCAUGGCACAGCUGACGUGGUCUUAGAGGCCUGCACGGACUUCUGGGAUGGAGCCGACAUCUACCCUCUCUCGGGUUCGGACAGAAAGAAAGUGCUGGAUUUCUAUCAGCGAGCCUGCCUGUCUGGUUACUGCUCUGCCUUCGCCUACAAGCCCAUGAGCUGUGCGCUAUCCUCCCAGCUCAACGGCAAGUGCAUUGAGUUAGUUCAGGCGCCCGGCCAGAGCAGCAUCUUCACCAUGUGCGAGCUGCCCAGCACCGUCCCCAUCAAGCUGAGUGCCCGCCGUGGCAGCUGGAGCUCUGACGAAGGGAUCGGGGAGGUGCUGGAGAAGGAAGACUGCAUGCAGGCCCUGAGCGGCCAGAUCUUCAUGGGCAUGGUGUCCUCCCAGUACCAGGCCCGGCUGGACAUUGUGCGCCUCAUUGAUGGGCUGGUCAAUGCCUGCAUCCGCUUUGUCUACUUCUCUUUGGAGGAUGAGCUCAAAAGCAAGGUGUUUGCAGAAAAGAUGGGCCUGGAGACAGGCUGGAAUUGCCACAUCUCCCUCACGCCCAAUGGUGAUGUGCCUGGCUCGGAGAUCCCCCCAUCCAGCCCCAGCCAUGCUGGCUCCCUGCAUGAUGACCUGAAUCAGGUGUCCCGAGAUGAUGCGGAAGGUCUCCUCCUGAUGGAGGAGGAAGGUCACUCAGAUCUCAUUAGCUUCCAGCCUACGGACAGCGACCUCCCCAGCUUCCUGGAGGACUGCAACCGGGCCAAGCUGCCCCGGGGCAUCCACCAAGUACGGCCCCACCUGCAGAACAUUGACAACGUGCCCCUGCUAGUGCCCCUCUUCACCGACUGUACCCCUGAGACCAUGUGUGAGAUGAUCAAGAUCAUGCAGGAGUACGGGGAGGUGACUUGCUGCCUGGGCAGCUCUGCCAACCUGCGGAACAGCUGCCUUUUCCUCCAGAGUGACAUCAGCAUUGCCCUGGAUCCCCUGUACCCAUCCCGCUGCUCCUGGGAGACCUUUGGCUAUGCCACCAGCACCAGCAUGGCCCAGGCCUCGGACGGCCUUGCUCCUCUGCAGCUCUCGGGGCAGCUUAACAGCCUGCCCUGCUCCCUGACCUUUCGCCAGGAGGAGACCAUCAGCAUCAUCCGGCUCAUCGAGCAGGCUCGGCACGCCACCUACGGCAUUCGAAAAUGCUUCCUCUUCUUGCUGCAGUGCCAGUUGACUCUCGUGGUCAUCCAGUUCCUCUCUUGCCUCGUCCAGCUGCCGCCAAUCCUGAGUACCACCGAUAUCCUGUGGCUGUCCUCCUUUUGCUACCCUCUGCUCAGCAUCUCUCUGCUGGGGAAGCCACCCCAUAGCUCCAUCAUGUCUAUGGCAACGGGGAAGAACCUUCAGUCCAUUCCUAAGAAGACCCAGCACUACUUCCUGCUCUGCUUCUUGCUCAAGUUCAGCCUCACCAUCAGCUCGUGCCUCAUCUGCUUUGGCUUCACCCUGCAGAGCUUCUGCGACAGCUCCCGGGCCCGCAACCUCACCAACUGCUCCUCCAUCAUGCUGCCCAGCCAUGCCAACACGGCUCCAGCCUGGUUUGAUGACUUCGCCAACGGGCUGCUGCCGGCUCAGAAGCUCGCCGCCGCCCUUACUGUCCUACACACUGUCUUCAUCUCCAUCACCCACGUGCAUCGCACCAAGCCCCUGUGGAGAAAGAGCCCCUUGACGAACCUCUGGUGGGCCGUGACGGUGCCCGUGGUGCUGCUGGGGCAGGUAGUCCAGACGGCAGUGGACCUGCAGCUGUGGACACACACAGAUAGCCACGUCCACUUUGGCCUGGAGGAUGUGCCUCUGCUGACGUGGCUCCUGGGCUGCCUCUCCCUGGUCCUCGUGGUGGUCACCAAUGAGAUUGUGAAGCUGCAUGAGAUUCGGGUCCGGGUCCGGUACCAGAAGCGACAGAAGCUGCAGUUUGAAACUAAGCUGGGCAUGAACUCUCCCUUCUGAGCCACUGACCAUGGUGGCCAUAGUUGCCUUGAUUCCUGAGGCUAAAACCAGGCCAAUUUUUGAAUCUGGAGUUUGAUAUCAUGAAUGUUUCAGAGUUUGCUCUUGUGCCCCAUGGCAUUGGCGGCCCCACUCCCGGUGUCAGACCCAGCUGUUGUCCUGACCCUUGGGGCUUACAGAGGAUGCUGACCUGUGGCCUCGGCGCCAGGACAGUCUGGCUCUUCCUUGGGCCUUGCCAGGGGGGAGCCCCUGGACCCCUGAAUGUAUGACCUUGUGUGCUUAAUAGAGGGGCCCUCAGCCUCCUCCGCCUGUGAGCCGCCCUCCCGUCAGGGUCCCCUAACACAGUGCCCUCUGCUCUUGGGUCUGAGCUCCAACCUUUUGUGGAAGAGCAGUGGCAGCAGCCCUGGGGGGGUCUGAACAACUCCCUCAGCCACUGUUGAAGGCAGGGAUGGUGGUCAUCCUCUGUGCUCCUCUCAUCCUGUCUUCCUGGGGCAGGGGCCUGGAUUUGGCCCUGAGGACCUUCCCUCCCUCCCUUUGUGGGGGAGCCUCAUGCUCAGACCCGACGAUGGAACAGAGCCCCAGCCUCGCCCUGGAACCUCUUCCUGUGCCUCCCCUGGCUGGCCGCGAGUCCGUCUUGGGGAUACGGCCCAGGGCUCCUGUUAGCUCCCUGCCCUAGUUCUCCUGUGAGGAUGUUUUUACUGGUGUAUAUUUUUUACUGGAAAUGAGCCUUUUAGGAACGAAUGUAGACUGAUUUGUAUUAAAACUUAUAAAUUGCUUAAGAAAAACCUGUGGCUGGUCCAUGAGGCAGCCACUAAGGGGCCCACUCAAGGCUUGGGCCAGUGAGGGAGCCCCAACGGUGAGGAGGGGAGACGGCCCACACCUUCCUCCUUCCCACAUUGGCGGGAGUGCUCAGGUCCAGCUCAGGUGCGACCCUGGGCUCAGAGGUCCACGGCACAGAUCCAAACACACAGUGUGAUCACGUGGAAUGACACUUUCAUUGGUGUUAGUUUUGGGAAGAGGUUAAUGGUUACAGAACCGAGGCCCGGGCCAACCAGGUCAGGCUUCCAGACCUGAGGUGGGCAGUGGGCGCUCCUGCUGUGGUCCGAAGCCCCUCCCCCACUGCGUCCUCUCAGGCAGUUAUAGAUAGAAUAAAUUCCAUUUAAAAUA